ACAAAAAUUAAAAUGACAAGUCCCAUACUUCUAUUCACGUGAAAUCUUCACGGCCAGCAAUUGUUUGCCCCUUAAAUAAGAAUAUUUUGGUCUAUAAAUAGUAUCGAGGUUCACUUCCUUUGAUCCAUCACACUCAUUUAGAAAGUUAAGUGCAUUGCUAAAUAUUUUUCAAAAUGGCUUCAACAAAAAAUUUGGUUCUUUUAGGUCUUCUCAUUGCUCUUGUCCUUCUUGUUUCCACCCAAGUGGGAGCUUCAUCUGCUCAAAAAAAAACCAAGACGACUGGCGAUGUUCAUGAGGCGCAGUAUGGAGGAGGUGGAUACCCAGGCAAUGGCCGCGGUGGGGGCUACCCUGGACGUGGUGGUGGACGUAACGGAUAUCCGUGGAGAGGUUGCAGAUAUGGUUGUUGCCGUGGGUACCGCAAUGGACGGGGAUGUGCUAGGUGUUGUGCCACUGCUCGUGAAGCUCCUGAUGCUCUAUUUCAAGAUGAUAUCAAGAGUUGAUCAUAAUUCACUUUCAUUUUGUCCUAAAAUGUUGCUUAAUUUCCUUUUAAGAAAUAUGGCAUGUUGUUGUCUUCAUUGGGGACUCAUACUCAUGUGUGCGUUCCAUUGAUUGACCUUGCUAAUGCUUGAAUAAAUCACUAUUAUCUAGUGAGAUUUUCUUGUGAGUGUAUUUUUCUCGCUUUUGAGGAUGUCAUUAUUGUGUACGCAAUUUGGAGUUUUACACUAGUGAAGUUGUCCACCAA